AGCUGAGGGCACAGCUGGCUCUACAAUCAGCUUUAGAUAAGCGGCUGACUGAAGAGAAUGUUGAGUUGAAGGCACAGCUGGCUUUACAUUCAGGUCCAUGUAAUUCACUUCAGUUGAGCCACAUGGGCACAAUUAGUGAAGAAUUGCGCAAGCUGUCGAACAACAUGGCCACAGUGCUUGCUUGUGUCCAAGCAAAUGGCUCGUUGGGGGAGUUGUCAUUACUCAAUGUUCAGGGUAUUCAGCUCCCCUUGGACAACCUGGAAGACCUGUGGCACUUUGAUUCACAGUUGAGGCAAGAAACUGACAUUCAGAACAAACUGGUUCGCUGUUUGGCUGUUAAGGCUUGCAGGGAGCUGAAAUACACAGUGUGGCGGAUGCUACCAUGCAUCAUUACAAAUGCUCUCGCCCUCUUGAUCACCUGGACUGGAGCUGGGAACAAGGCCAGCUUUAAGGACCUUUUCCUCAGGACUGUUCUUCAAAGAGCAAUAAGGAACAAUCCUUCCACCCAGGAUGCCACUGACGAGGCUAUCCAGCACCAGGUCACCAGGUACCUGAAAGGGGCAGGUGACCGUGCUGGAGGGAGAAGGCGUCGCGGAGAUACAAGGGACCUGCCGUGAAUAUAAAUGACAUGAUUUAAACGCUAGGAUUCCAGCCCUUGCUUAUUUAAUAUUGUAUUAUGUUUAUUUUGUACUUUUUCAAAUUCAAAUGCUUAGAUUUUUCUGUUGCUGGAUAGGUGUAUAUUGUUAAGUAAAUGUUUAUUUGAGGGAUGUGCAUUACAAAUAUUUUCAGUAUCGUUAAUUCUUCAGCUUUUGUCAUCGAAUAGUCGACCCCACCCACUUGCGCCAAAAAGAGGUACGAAAUGAAAAACAUAGUUAUGUAAAUUGUAUUGUUAUGCAAUAAAUUCUAAAUUGUAUUUAAAAAUGUGGUUAAUCUAAUGUUUUGGUAUAAACUAUUAGGCUAGAUAUACUUUUACUUGGGUGACUUUCAGAUUCAGAAAUGCCAUA